AUGUCUGGAGCAGUGCGGCUUGCUACCUCCUUGGUCGGCAACCACCGCACUCCUACGACUGAGGAAGAAGACCUUAAGACUCGCAGUUUGAAGAAAGUGAAAACAACAGUGGAAGAGGAACAAGCUGAUGCGGUGAUGGACCAAGCUUUUGAGGACGGUACUGAGUCUCCGCCACCUCAAAGCCCAACCAAACCGUCGUACAGGGACAAAGUGAUGGCUAGAGAGUUCGCGGGCACUGACCUAACGGACCGUGAAAUUGUGGAUCUGGUUAGAGAGGAACUGAUUGUUGGUGAAGUUAGGGAUGUCUUUGAAAAGGGUGAUUCAAAGCCUUUUAACCCUAAUCCGGUGGUACCGGUGUCGCUUGAGGAGUAUGAGGAAUGGUGCCGGCCUUGGAAAUUCUCCCUUGUGGUAAAACUCCUGGGUAAGAAAAUAGGGUUCAAGUGGAUGACUCAAAGAAUCCAGCGGAUGUGGGCUAGGGACGGUGAACUAAAAGUGAUUGAUCUCACUGCUGAGUUUUACUUGGUAAGGUUUGCCUCAGAGAAAUAUUACCUUCAUGCUCUCUUUGAAGGCCCUUGGAUGAUUGCUGACCACUACCUGAUGGUCCAACGUUGGUGUCCUAUGUUUAAAGCUAAUGACUCUGGGGUGAAGAGGAUUGCAGUCUGGAUCAGAUUACCUGAACUUCCUGUUGAGCUCUAUACUGAGACAUUCUUAUGGAGAUUAGGUUCCCUGCUUGGCACCAUGCUCAAAAUUGAUACUCACACCACAGUGCACUCUAGGGGGAAAUUUGCUCGAAUUUGUGUGGAGUUGGAUCUUAGCCAACAAUUAAAUCCGACAUAUACAGCCCUUGGGGAAGAGCACCGACUGGAAUAUGAAGGCUUACACUCCAUUUGUUUCAGCUGUGGAAGGUAUGGCCAUAGGAAGGAGUUCUGCCCAGCCACUGUGGUUCCAACCAAUCAACAUGCUUUAAUUCCUCCGAACGAUUCCAUUCCUGUUAGGCAGGAGGAACAGAACAUGGCUACCCCUGUCAAGGAAACACCAAAUGGAAAAGAUAGUGAUAGUCCAAAUGGGUUUGGGCCAUGGAUGAUGGCAAAGAAAUCUUCCAAGAGGAAACCUUUAAAACAGAUUAACCAUGAGAACAACCCCAAGAAUGAGGGAUCCAGAUUUCAGGUUCUAGAGGAAGAAACGAGUACGAAGGAAGCUUCCCAUACCAUCACCAAAGGAAAAGGGCAAGAAAAUCAAUCAAUGGGUCAUAUUAAAGUUAACCAGGGACAGGGCAAAGGGCCUAAGAAAUCAGCAAAUGCAGCAGCUCACCCUAAAAACUUAGGGAAAGGAAACCAAAAGAAAGAGACAAGGCCUUCAAUGCCUCUGAAGCCACAAGAGCAAACUGGAAUGCCCUUAGGCACAAGGAUAGAGAAAGAGAGCUCACCAGAAAUCUCAGAGGGGGAGGAAGCAAUGCUAGCAGUCCUAAGACAAUACCGCCGUAACCUCUGGGAGGAUUUUCAGGCUACAAAGGAAGCAGGGGUGGACUCCCAGGAUAAGCCCCAUGCCCCUUCCAAUGAGGACCUGCGAUUUAUCCUAGCACUUCUUAAGAAGAAAGGGGUGAUGAACUCAGUAAAGGAAGACCCUAUGUUGGAGCAUGCUGACACAGACAUGAUAGGAAUUGAGAAGAACUCUUCUUCUGGUGAUGUGGUUAUGAUGGGGGAUCAGCCCCAACCUUCUAUUUAA